AUUCAAGAAAUGCCCUUAAAACUUGGCCAUUAAUGGCUUUAUGUAGGGGUAUUAUUGGAAUUUUACAGCCGAUUAGUACUGUACCUAUGUUGUUCUUCAGUCUUCCAUUUUAGUCUCCUCUUAUCUCAGUUUUUUUUUUUUUUUUCAUCUCUGCAGUGUUCAUCUUCUGGGCUGCCGUUCAUUUCUCAGGAAAAAGGCCUGUGUGAACAAUGAACUAUCUAAAGAUGUUUGCAAGAAGAACAUCGGCCGCCUUUUACAACCCCACAUCGAAUUUUAGAUUGUAUCGUUUGUUGUCUUCGUCCGUUUCAGCUCCAUCCUACAAUAAUAAGUUAUUUGUUGCUGGGUUGUCGUGGUCGGUUGAUGAGAGGUCUUUGAUGGAUGCUUUUUCCAAUUUUGGGGAGGUUACAGAAGUGAGGAUAAUGUAUGAUAAGGAUACAGGAAGGUCUAGAGGGUUUGGAUUUGUUUACUUUGCCAAGGAUGAUUAUGCCAUAACUGCAAAAGAUGCUAUGGAUGGUAAGGAGCUGUUAGGUCGUCCAAUGAGGAUAAGCUUUGCUCUUGAUAAAGUUCGAGGAGCACCAAUUGUGGUACCUCGCAUUCGGGACACUGAAGCUGCUACCAGAGACAAGAAUUGAAUCUGUGACUGUGAGGGAUCAUUGUUAUAGAAAGCUGCAAGAUCAAGACAAUUACUAUUAGAGUGUGUAGCAUUUUCUUCAUUGUUUGCUUACAGAAUAGUAUAAACAUUAAUAGAAAUUCAUACCCAAGACGGUGUAUUGAUAUCUAUUGUGGUUUUGUCAAAUUUGAAGUUUGGCUAUCUAAUAAAGGCUGUUUUGGGUGAGGUUGCUAGGACUCUAUGAAAUACUUUUUAUAGUCUCUAUUUGGUUUGUGUAUAUAAUUUUAAACUUGACUUGAAAA